AUGCUGCAGUAUAAUCUCCGUGAUUACGAAGAGGCGUAUGGACAGAAGCGAAGGCAGCAGCACCAGCUCUUCCGGGAGAAAGUGCGCCACCACGAAGAGUUGGAAUUCGAGGACAUGGAGCAGCUGCAUCGCUCAAACGAGACGCGCAAGUUCUACAAAAAACUCAACGGAUCCCGCCAAGGCUUCACGCCGCGAGUCGAAAUGUGCCGGGAUAAAGAUGGAGUGAUAUUGACGGACGAGCGCGAGGUGAUCGACAGGUGGAAGCAACACUUCGAUGAACACCUGAAUGGCACAGAAGCAGAGGCAGGGGUCCAAGACGGCAGAAGAGAGGACUACAUCGGUGCAGCAGGAGAAGGUGUUAUGAGACGAGCGGGCUUCAAUAUGCGGGGCACGAUCUUCAGCAAGUCCAACCAAUUCAUCUGCUACGCCGACGAUAUGGACAUUGUUGGCAGAACGCUCAAGGCGGUUGCUGAUACGUACACCGGCUUGAAGCGGGAAGCAGAAAAGUGUUCCAUCUACAAGUCGCUGAUAAGACCGGUCGUCCUCUACGGGCACGAGACGUGGACAAUGCUCGAGGAGGAUCUACGAGCGCUAAGCGUCUUCGAACGUCGAGUGCUCAGGACCAUCUUCGGCGGCGUAUUUGGGAACGACGGAUGGCGGCGGAGAAUGAACCACGAGCUUGCGCAGCUCUACAACGAACCAAGCAUCCGGAAGGUCGCGAAGGCUGGACGGUUGCAGUGGGCGGGUCAUGUUGCUAGGAUGCCGGAGCGACCCGAGCAAUUGAGCCAGCGGAACCAGAGGAUCAACCCUGCGAAGUUGGUGUUUGUGUCGGAGCCGGUAGGAACAAGACGUAGGGGGGUGCAACGCGCGAGGUGGGUGGACCAAGUGGAGAACGAUUUGGAGAGAGUGGGUGCCCCGCAAAACUGGAGACAAGCAGCCAUGGACCGAGCUUGUUGGCGGAGAAUCGUGCAGCAGGCCAAGCUAAUGGUGUAG